AUGGCCGUCCGCGAGCCUGAUCAUGCUGGCUCGUGGUACAGCGCCAACGGUCCCGAGCUGACCCAACAACUAGACACAUGGCUUUCGAAGCCACCCUCAGAAUUGCCUCUACCUGGUUCUCGAGUCGUCAUAUCGCCUCAUGCUGGAUUUGCGUACUCCGGACCUGCCGCAGCCUACGCCUACAAAGCUCUCGACUUAUCUCAAGCCAAGAGAAUCUUCAUCCUACAUCCAUCCCAUCAUCACCACCUCAGCACUGCCGCAUUACCAGUGGUUCAGGGUUAUCUGACACCCUUGUCUUCUGAUCCGCUGCCCCUGGAUCUCGACUUGAUACGGAAGCUGUCCACAAUGACUGCCACAACCUCGCAGAACCGGCAGAUCAAAUUCAAUACCAUGUCCAAGGAUGUCGACGAGGCUGAACACUCCGCUGAGAUGCAGCUGCCAUACAUUCACCGACUACUCCAGAAACUCUACCCAGAUCAACCGACAUCGACUUAUCCUCCCCUAGUGCCAAUUAUGGUCGGAGGCACGAGUCCGGCUACAGAGAAGGCACUCGGCCAACUCCUCGCGCCAUACAUAGCCGAUCCAACCAACGCGUUCGUCAUCUCAUCUGACUUCUGUCACUGGGGCUCACGGUUUGGUUACACGUACUAUGUGCCAACUUCGCCGUCACCAGCAGUCGAUCCGGGAAGCUUGCCCAAUGGUCUCUCGAAUCCUUCACGAGACGGCCAGCUUCACAGUCAAUCAUCAGUUUCCCAAGGCAUCUCACUGAGAUCAUCCAAAGAUGUUCCGAGCCGAGGCCCAAAGAUCCACGAGUCGAUCGCUCACGUGGACAGAGCUUGCAUGUGUGCCAUCGCCACAGGCUCGCAUGAUGCGUUCUUGGAUAUCCUGCAAGGCACAGGCAACACAGUGUGCGGCAGACAUCCCAUCGGAGUCUUCAUGGCAGGGCUGGAAGAAGUAGAGAGGAAGUCAGGUGUGGGCUCGAACGAGACAGAGAUGAAGAGGCGCUUUCGAUUCCUUCGCUACGAGAGAAGUAGCGACGUUACUUCGAUUAGGGACAGCUCAGUCAGCUAUGUCUCAGCUUUUGCGGUGCUAUCAUUGCUCUGA